UAGACAUAUAGUUGAAUGGGAGGAUAACGGAACAGCCGUGUUAUGAUUUUUAAUGGAGGAUUACAUGUAAACAGGACCUCCAAUUAAUUGAUUGCAAAAUAUGCCUCAGCCUCCACCCCGAAAGGUGAAGACUAGCGCUCUGUUGAAGUCUCUGCACAGUGAUCAUGUGUCAAAACUUCAAUCUAAGCACCAGCAGGAAUGUGACUUGCUGGAGGACAUCAGAACAUUUGCGAGACAGAGGUCGGUCAUUGAAAAAGAAUAUGCUCAGGCCCUUUUAAAGUUGACAGGGCAGCUUUUGAAGCGAGACUUCCAGGCCAUGCCUGACCUCACCUCUGAAGAUGGCCAAGAACACAGGACAGGGAAAAAGACUGCCAUGGCAGUAUGGAGGGUUAUUUUGGAAGAGACAGACAUAUUGGCAAAGAAGCGGCUGCAAGCUGCAGAAACCUACCUCGAGAGAAUUGCUGAACCAAUAAAACCACUCAAAACCAAUAAACAACAGUGCAUGAAAAAGGUGACGCCACAGUUGAUGACCAUUCAGACAGAGGUGUCACAGACCGUGGCUGAGAUGUGCAAGCAGCAGAAGAUGUACAAUGUUGACGAGGCCCAGGCAUUUGAUGCGAGGGCAAAGGCGAGGGAGGCAGAGGAAAAGUUGAACAGAAAAUCCAAAGGCAUUUUCCAGUCCUUAGCCAGUUUACAGAAAAAUCAUGCAAAGUUGAAGUCCCGGACUGAUUCAUGUGAGUCUAAAUCGACGGAGUCCCGUAACGAGUACCUGCUGAGUCUGGCUGCAGCCAACGCCCACCAGGUCCGAUACUUCAGCACAGACCUUCCAAAUCUCAUUGAGGUGUUAGAUGGUGAAAUUUUUGAGCGCAUUCAGGAAUAUUUCGCCAUCUACGGUAACACUGCCCAGGAAAUAAGCUGCUAUGAAAAUCGCUCUUUCAACAGGAUUGUCGAACAGACAGCAAUGAUAAACAGAAACUUUGACUUGAAGUGUUUUCUGUAUACCAACAAUGUAUUUACAAACCUCGUGCAAUAUGAAUUUGAACCCUGUAUGCAGGACAAGUGCAAUAAAAUCUCAAAAACAUAUAACGGAGCCCACCAACUAGAUAAGGAAGCCCGAAAAUGGGCGACCAAGAUCGCCAAGGAGACCAAGGCCAUCAGGGAUUACCAGCGGGCACUUAAAUCUGUUGGGACUGGGGACAAGGUGUCACAGCGAGGCUCAACAGAGGCCGUAUCCCAGGAUCCUGAGGCAAGAACGGAGGAAUUACUACAAAAUAUUCGACAGGCAGAGACUGCCAAAGUCAAAGCUGAGGCGCGGAUAGAGACCCUACAUAAGGCAGGAGUGGAGGUUGAUGAAUGGUUGUCUAGCGCCAACACUGAGGCCUUGACAGCAGAAGAUGAGAGCAGUCUCACACGGACACCCAGUCGAAACUCUGUCAAAACAGAUGGCUCAGGGGUCACAGAUGAUCAGGAACCAACGUACACCCACUUCGACGAUGAUGAUGAUUUUAUGGAUGAGACGUUUGACGUCACUGUUGGAGAUUUCUCACUGAAGAGUGGGUCCAGUCAGUAUCCCAUCAAGUGUCGGUCCAUAUAUGACUUCCAUGCAAGUAAACCAGAUGAGUUGGACAUGGAGGAGAAUGAGGAGCUAGAGAUUGUUGCCGCUGGUGACGGAGAUGGAUGGGUCAGGGCAAAGAAUUCAAAUGGUGUGAUAGGCUUUAUUCCUGAGAAUUACAUUGUGAUGGCGGAGGAUGGUGCGGACACAGCAGAGGGGAGUGAACAGUCUGCUGAGACACACUCCCGUGCGAGCAGGACUGUGUCUGAGAGCACCACUACAACAACUCACAGUAGCGUGGAUGAUGUAGAUAUGAGUUCCUCUACACCCGUCAUUACCCCGGUUACCCCGACCACACCCUUGUCAUUUCCUAUCAGUCAGGAGAUUGAAGAAGAGGAAGAGGAGGAGGACUUCCCACCACCACCACCACCCGUUGUUGUGGAGUCACCCACACAGGAAAAGACAUCAUACUCAUCAGGUGACAUGGAGGUGCAGCAGACAACAGAUUCCAUGGAGAAUAUGAAUCUUCCUUUAGGAGAAGGUAUAUGGGUGCGAGCUUUAUACGACUAUGAAGGAACAACAGAUGAGGAGCUGACCUUUGUGGAGGGGACGUUGAUCCAUCUGCUGCGUAAAGAUGAGAAUGGCGUAGAUGACGGUUUCUGGGAGGGGGAGGCAAACGGAAAAGUGGGCGUGUUUCCCUCCCUCGUAGUACAGGAACUUUCACAGCCUGAGAUUAUGCCCACUGUCCACUUUCAGGAUUUCCCCUCCCCUCUCCAGUCCCCGCCUGACUACAUGCCUCCUCCCCCGGUAACAAUCACGGCAGCAACACCUGAGUCGGAACACCCACCGUCGCCCAUCACACCCAUCACUAAUGGAUCAGGUGCAGACCCAGUAGAAGAUAACUCUGUACAAUCUGUAGAACAGUAUAAGAAACGUGUGAGGUUUGGAAGUAACAACUACCAUAACAAUGAUGUAUUCUACAACCGCCCAAACAUUAUUGUGGACAGAUAUGAUUCCACCUAUGAUGAUGAUGGGGAGGAGUCCUUUGUGUGAAGAGCCAAUCACUGUGUGGUCAUGUGGCCAGUGUCAACCAAUCAGCAAUAUGUUUGUCAGUCAUGUGACAAGUAGUCAACCACUGUGUGGUCAUGUGACCAGUGUCAACCAAUCAGCAAUCAGUCAAGCACAUGCCAAGCAGCCAAUCAACAUUGUUUGUUGACAAUUUUUGACCAAACAACAAACAAUGGUGUUGGUAACAUAAGUUAGCCAUGCAUAACUGUAGAGUGUUGUGUGGGUUAAUUUUACAGUGAGGCGAAUAUUGAAUAGAUUUAAUGUGUUACUAUUUAACAGACUCUGAAGUGAGCUGAUUUCAUCUAGUCAUAUAAAGUGCAUUUAGCUGUCAAAAUAUAUAUCAUGUGUAUUGUGAGGUUUGUAGUUUUACGAUUACAUGUUUGUAAUAAGGCAUAAUUGUUUUGCUUUGAUAGAAUAAUUCUGCUCAUAAUGGAGUAGUGUCACUGUCUUAAUCAUGCAAAAAUUAUUGUCAAAGAAAAUUUGAUUUUAAACAUACAGGUUUUUAAUUGUUAGUCUUUAGUAUAUGAUGAGUGGGUAAAACUAUUUUGAAUUACGGAAUGGAUUCGUUAUUAGAUAUCGAUUAAUUGGUUUACCUAUGGGCUCAUCAAUGGAUGGAUUUGUGCACAACAAAAAUGCUUAUAUAAUGCCCUGCGGUAUUUUUGAAAACAGGGCUACUUAAGUUGAAACCACGCCAUGGAAAAGCCAGCAUAACUGCAUUAAGAUAUCAUUAAAGUGCUUUCAACUAUGCAUUUUUGUUAAUUUACACAGAAAAUAUCUUUUUAUUUUACAAUUACAAGUGCUAUUAUCUGAAGUUUGCACAAGCAUUUGCCUUAAGAAAUGUUUGUUUACGUAAUGACUGAAAAUCAUGACAAAUAUACAAUUUGGAUCAUAAUUAUUUUGGACCAGUUAUUAUUCUUUUACAUCAAAUGUGGACCAUUGUCAUCCAUUGUUUGACACUUUUGUUAAAAAGAAAUACUUUCACUGUGGCUUUGAAAUCUGUUAUCUAUGUUAAUUUCUACUGAUUGAAUAGAAGAAAAGAAUCUCUAUAUAUAAAUUUCAGUAAAAUCUGUAAGAUACCAAUUAUGUGGGAUUUCUAGUUAUCUAUGAAUUAAUGAAGAAAAUGCCAUGCGACUGUGCUUUAUCUCAUCUGUUUUAUUGAAAAACAAGUGGAGGUAUUGUCAGAGCCUUGGUGUUGUGGGCAGCGUCAUGCCCAAAUUUUAACAUUGUCCAUAGCUAUUAAGCCAUUCAAGAAAUGCACAUGUAACCAGGUAAGCAGUGCAUGCCUACAUGUGUAGCAAGGUCCACAGCUCUAGACUUCACAAUUGUUGGGUUAUGUCAUUUUGGUGAAAAAACAACAAAAAAAAAUGCACACACAAGCAUUGUUGUUUGUCUUGCAGCACUUUUGGUGGUGAAGUACAAGGCAUUUCUAGCAACUAGUAUACAUAGUCCUUAGUGUUGUGAUUUUGAACUGUAUGUCAAUUUUAAAAAAUAAUUUGCCUUUUAUGUAUAUUAUCAUAUUAGAAUACAUGUAUUAUCUAACAUUGAAGAUUGAUAGUAAAUGCAGUAAGUUUUCCAGCGGGGUCAAUAAAUUCCUCCAUUGACCUUCUUUAAUUUGUAAGAUUUUUUUUUUAAUAAGUCAUUUGCAACUAAUGUUUAUGUAUCUCGACAAAUCUAUCAUAGCACAUUAGUUUUGAUUUUAUUUAAUUUUAAAGCAAAACAGUUUAUUGCUGUUUGAAUACUUCAAAUACAUUGGUUUUAGCACAACAGAAUGAAGUUGUUUACAUUUACAAUCUGUCAGUUUUAGUGUUUUGAAAUAGCUUUAAAGAUUACCAUGACAUAAUAUGAUCAUUAACAGAAGGAGGUAGUUGUAUUUAAUAGUUUUAGUUGAAAUGCAAAUUGCACACAUUCCAUGUGCUGCAGAGUUUCUUGUACAUUGUAUGUUACUUAAAUUGUAAGUUAUCAUAAAAUGCCAAAAUGGCCAUAUGUAUUCUAGUCAAGCAAUUUCAGUACUGCUUUUUUAGAUUUCUAUGUAAAGCAAUGUUGUGAACUGUGUGUAAGGUGCAUGUACAAGAUCCCCUUGUUCAGGUAGCAUAUAUUCUAACUUUACUAAAUAUGUUUUUUUCGAUGAAGGGGUAUGCUCACAAAGGCAGAUCGAAAAACAAUUAACCCCAUUGUGACCAUUUUAAUGUAUGUUAUAAACAAAUAUAAAUCUUUAAUAAUUCAAAAAUGAAUAAAAUUAUUUUUCUUUUCACCAGAGAUUUGAGAAAUUCUUGUAGAAGUUUAGGUACAUAUUGUCAAAUAGUGGCAUUUUUGCCAUUUCUCAUUGAUUUGAGAACCAUUUUUUUAUUGUUUUUUCAAAGUGACCGCAUCCUUCACCAACAUUCAAAAUUUGCCUAUGUUUGAAGAAUCACAUACAAAGUGUGUUUUUUAAAUAUCUUUGAUAUUUACCUUUUACUGUUUUGUAUCGUAACAUGUCGAGCGCAAUAUUGUUUUUCUUAUUCUUUCAAUUUUACGGGGCUCAAAAUGAAUCUUUGUGAGCCUACCCCUUUAAAAGAUUCAAGAUAAAAGCAGAAAGAGCCCUUAAAUAUUAUCCAAGCAAUAACACCAAAGUCAAUCAUUUAUGAUAGCAUGAAAUGCAUUAUUUAUGUCAAUGAUCUCUGUACAAAAUUCAUUGAUAAGUUCAAUUUGUGUUAUCAUAUGUACCCGUAGUUUUAGUGAAUUGUACAUUAUUAUUUAUACUUGAUAUUCAAGUUUUACAUAAUUGUUUUCAGCACAGCAACAAAGCAUAAAGCACAAUAAUCACAUUUUUUUUGUCCUGUAUGUAUGACUAAUAAAAACAACAACAAAAUCGAUGAUCGACGAUUAUUUAAAGUUGAUUGUCUGAAUAAUUAUAUAAGGUUGAUUGUCUUUUAUGUUCAUACAUAUUAUUCCUAUGAUUGAUGACAACAUAUAGGAGCAGAUCCAGGAUUUGCCGCUAGAGGGGGCAUUAUAAAGGGGCGUUAUCAUCUGACCUGGCUCCUCCCUGAGAAAAUUGUUAAGUGGAGGGUGAAGGUACUCCCCAAGAAUAUUUAACAAUAACUAGUUGCAAUGGUGCACUUUGGGCAUAUUUUAUUACUUUUUUUCUCCUAUAUUGAAGUAAAAGUAAACUUGAAUGAUUUAAGGGGGCUCAUGCUCUGGAUCUGCCAGUGAAGUACAGGGUCUUGUGUUGCUGUGCUUUUUAAGUAUGAGACCAGAUUUACAAUAUUCCCAGUAUAUUUGUGUACAUGGUAUGAUGUAGCAGUGUUAUUACACAUAAUCUUAGAAUAUCUAUGCAUAGUAGCUCAUUAUUUCAUUUUAAUGUGUACAUGUAAACAUUAUACAUUUUAGAAAUUCAUCUAUUUAGAGACAUAAUUGUAUAUUGUAUAUUUUAUAGGAUAUUUUAUUUAGACAAUGGUUGUUGACAUAAUAUUUCAUUUUACAUUUUUUUGGUCUCGUGUAAUAACUCUUUUUUAUUGGAACUGAUCACUUUUUAUGAUCAGUAUAUUUGGCAAAACUAAUAACAUUGCAUUGAGCUUUUUCUAUUUUGUGAAAAAAACAACUUCUUGAAACUAGGACCCUCCUAUCAAGGAGGGUACUACAAGUGUAUGACAAGCGUAAUAUUGCUUAAUGAGAAAUCUUUUAUUGUAUUAUCUAUUUAAUCAGUUGAAUAAUCAAAAGUGUAGGACACAUUCACUAAGAAGAUGAAUACUUAAUCUGUACAUUGAAAAAAGGUAUAAUAUAGGAUCAUACUUAAUAUGGAAACACAAUUUUGAUUUGUAGAAAAGUGUUUCUAUAGAAGUCAGUUUCCAUCUCAUUUACUUUUAUAAUUAUUUUUCCAACCUGGGAAGCAAUGACAACUAAACAAAGAGAAUAAAAAGGAAGGGGAUUUAAGAUUUUUUCAGGUAAAAUAUUGAUACUUAAUGUAGGUUUAACACACUUAAGGCACAUUGUCAUUAGAUCUAUUUGGUGCAAAAAUUAUAAUGCACAGUACUGCAUAUGUUCUUCCCUUUGCAAAUUAUUUAUUUAAAUUAAGUAUGAAAAACAACUAUAGUCUUCUGUUUUGGUCAAUAAGUAAAUUUGCAAAACUUAAUAAUGACGUUGCAAAACUUUAAAUUCAUGAUGUUGCAAAAACAAAUAUUGACGUUGCAAAACUACAUAUUGAUGUUGCAAAAAUAAUUAUCGACCUUGCAAAACUUUAUAUUGAUGUUGCGAAACUUCAUAUUGAUGUUGCAAAAAUAAAUAUUGACAUUGCAAAACUACAUAUUGAUGUUGCAAACUAUAUAUUGAUGUUGCAACAAUAAAUAUUGACAUUGCAAAAUUACAUAUUGAUGUUGCAAAAAUAAAUAUUGACGUUGCAAAACUACAUAUUGACCGAAACAAAAAGAUUUAAUUGUGUAAUGAUAUGAUGAGCAUUUUUAAUGGUUAAAAGUGUCUGGUAAGGUUAUUGAUAAUGUAGAAAUAAAAAUGAUUAUAAAGACUGGUAAACUUACAAUUUCUCAGUAUGUUCUAUGUUUUAGUGUUUAUUGAAUCUCAUUUAUUGGGAAAAAUAUCAGUUUGCCAAGUAUAUUAUGCCAAAAUCUUGGCGUGUUUUUCUAGUUGAGAAAAAAGGGGCAUAUUUAAACAUAUUCAGGUGUAGUUUUGCUAUGUAUGACACAAGAUUUACACUAGUUUUGCAUAUGACUGUUUUUAUCGUGGUUUUAAUGUUUUCGUUACUAUUUUGUGAUAUUUUAGGAAACAUUUUUGUGUUUGUUGGCACAUUGACAUUGAAUUUUGUAGACAUUUAUGUGAGAAAUAUUGUGAUAAAAUACAAUAAAUGUGCAGAUUAA